AUGAAUUGUAUUUGACUGAUAUCUUGUCGAUGAUGCAUUGUGCAAAAGUAUUCGUGACAAAUGGGGUCCCACUUAGAAGAGGAAUACUCAAUACAGGGCUAAAGUUUGUCAAGUCAAGUCACUCGUCACCUUUUGUCGGUGGAAAAUCUCCCUUUGCUCCGAAGAAACUUCCCUUCGCUAAAUAUGUCGUUGCUGUAGCUUCAGGGAAAGGUGGAGUUGGUAAAUCUACCGUUUCAAUCAACCUAGCUAUUGCAUUGCAGUCUAUUGGUUUCUCAGUAGGUGUUCUUGAUGCCGAUGUUUAUGGUCCUUCCAUUCCUUACUUGUUAGCCUUGAAAGGAAAGCCAGAGUUGGAUUCUAGUGAAAAUUCUUCUGUUAUGUUACCGAAACAAAAGUACGGACUUCAAGUAAUGUCCAUGGGCUUUCUUAUUCCGGAGGAACAACAAGAACGAGCUUUUGUUUGGAGAGGUCCAAUGGUUGGGAGUGCAAUUGAACAAAUGUUGUAUAAAGUGAAGUGGAGUCUUAUGGAUUUCCUCGUUAUAGAUCUUCCUCCAGGAACCGGGGAUGCACAGUUGAGUAUAUCCCAGCGUGUUCGAAUCACAGGUGCUGUUAUUGUUUCAACUCCACAAGAUAUUGCUCUUAUUGAUGCCAAGCGAGGUGUGGAUAUGUUUCGACGUGUGAAUGUUCCUAUUAUUGGCAUUGUAGAAAAUAUGAGUUACUUUAUCUGUUCCCAGUGUGGUCAUAGAGAACCUAUCUUUGGUGAACGAGGGGUUGAAAUGACCUGUCAAGUCUUAGGUGUUUCGAUGUUAGGUGCCAUUCCACUUCGUACUUGUAUUCGAGAGACUUGUGACAGAGGCGUACCCAUUACCAAAGAUAACCCAGGUAGUGAAGAAGCAGCAUGUUUUCAACAAGUUGCAGAAAAAGUGAAAAAUUAUUGUGUUACCCAUGCGAGUGUUGAAACUGCCAAGUAAUGAUCUUUGCUUUAUAUUGAUAUUGUCGCAUGUUCAUAUAUGAGUAAGAAUUUAUCAAAAGCAGGUUGAAAUGGUUUUUUCGGUUUUCUAAACGUCAAAAGUAAAACGGCAAGGAAAUAAAAAGUGUGACCAGACG